AUGAGCUCCAGCUAUGAAAUCAACAGUGGGUUGCCCCCUACAGCACAGGCUGUUUCGACUUCGUAUUCCUACAAGGUGGAUAUGUGGGAUAGAUUUUCAGAGCUAAUUGAUAAAUUGAUGAUCAGUAAAGCCGAUGUAAAACAAUUUCAGAGUUUGAUAAAGGAGACUUCCAGUUUAUACGAAUCGAUCGGGAAGAAAUUAUGCAAGACCAAACUCGUUACUGAAAAGAAUUCAUUUGAGACAAUAGAGCCUUUUGAUCGACUUGCAACCGGAUUUCAAACUAUUGGAAACCAAUAUCUUGAUGCUGCAAAAGAGCUUCAGGAAAACCUCUUCAAAGAGAUUACUCUUCUCAGAAAGGAGUUAAGUAAGGCCAUCAAGAUGGCAAACAAGGAUGAAAAAAAGCUCCGUAGCGACUUUAACUCGGCUAAACAUGAUGCUCAACAAGCAAAACAAAAAGACCUGGAAGAAAAGAAGCAUUUAGAAGAUUUACAAAUCGCUUUAUAUAGCGAUCCCAAUUUGCCUCCCAAGAAAAUGGAAAAGCUAAAUAAGGAUAUUAAUAAUUACGAAAAAAGAUCCAAAAAGGCUGAAGAAGACUAUGAUCUAGCAAUUAAGAAACUUCACGAAAUGGAUCAAAAAUACUAUAUUCAACUGGGCCAGAUCAUGCAAAACCUGGAAGUACUUGAUAGAAAGAGAGGAAAAGAAUUGAAAGAUUUAUUGAGACGCUUUUCGAAACUUAACUUCAACAUUGGAAAGAGCACCUCAGCUCAAUCGGACUACAUGGAACAAAGCUUUGAUGCAAUGAAUGAAGAACGUGAAAUUCAAACAUUUAUUGCAUCUACAAGAUCUGGUUUUCAACCACCUGCUCCAGACAGCUUUGAGCCAUAUAUUAUCAAAAUUCCAGAUGAGCUCAAUAAGAAGAGAUUUUCAACAAUGCCUGGAGGUGUUAGUGUAGGCUCUCCAUCUGGUACUGGAAGCGCAGCAAGCGUUAAGGUUUCAUCUCCAAUUCCAGAGUCAUCGUCGAAGACUACCCCUUCUACUACACCUAACAACAACAAUGGAACGAGUACACAACCUCCUCCAUUUGAUUCAACAUCAACCACUGUUAAAUCUGUAGUGAAAGAAAUUGUCAAGCAAGAGACAGAAAUUCCAACAAAAGUCAUCAAGACAGUUACGUGCGUUUAUGGAUAUGAUGCCGCUGAGGAAGGUGAACUUACCAUUAAGGAAGGCGAUUACAUUAACGUACUUGCGAUGAAUGAUGAUGGGUGGUGGCUGGGCAUUAAUAACAGAGGAGAAACUGGUCUAUUCCCCUCGAAUUUUGUUGAAUCAACCCAGGGCUCAGUAGUUCCUGAAGAUUUAUUGAAUAUUACAGCAGGAUCAAAGGUAGUUGCUCAAUAUGAUUAUGAUGCUCAGGAUGAGCAGGAAAUCAGCUUCAAAGCAGGUGAAAUCAUCACUGUUGUUGAAGUCAACUCGGACGGAUGGUUCGUUGGAAGAAACGCAAAUAAUAAGGAAGGAUUAAUUCCGUCUAACUUCUUCAAAUUAGCGUAA